AUGGACGAGUUAUUUGGUGGAGAAUCACUGGAAACUACUUGUUUCGAUGCUACUCGAAUUUGUGAAGUAAAUACAUGGCUUGCUUCUCAAUUUGAUGCUGUUGGUAAAGAUGUCCCUGAUUUUGAGUACACUCCUCGAAGCAUUGCCGAAUUACGCAAAAUCGCCACCCUGUCCCAUGCCAAAACUCUAGCUGCGACAAUUCUUGUCAACGAUUUUCUUGAAAAAGCAGCAGAGUACAGAUCACAAGCUGCAAGGCUAAGAGAGAUACUAGAGAAUGUAGGAUUAUUGGCGCAAGAAAAUAUACCACCUAGUGUGAUUUCAUCUUCACGUGUCCUUGCAAAUAUAGCGAAUUUGUUAGAUAUUAGGGAUAUUGAAUUAAGUAGUUUUCUUGUUGCAGUCGCAGAUCUUUCUCUACGAAAAACUACUGUAGAAGAGAGGAAAGCUAAAUUUCAGCAGGAAUCAAAAGUCCUUCUUGACUUCACUCGGAAGGCUAUAGCUAGAUUGACUUAUUUAAAAAGGUGA